GCAAGAGUGUAUAAUAGCACUGGUGGGGCUUUUCUGCCAGAAUCAUGUCUGAUAACGGGGAGCUUGAGGAUAAACCACCAGCUCCUCCAGCUCGGAUUAGCAGCACAGGGACAAAAGAUACUCUGACCAGCAACCACAGUCAUAAGCCUUUACCCUUGAUCCCUGAAAAACCCAGGAAUAAAAUCAUUUCAAUGUUUUCUGGCACAGAAAAAGGAAGCAAAAAAAAAGAAAGGCCAGAGAUUUCACCGCCAUCGGAUUUUGAGCACACAAUUCAUGUGGGCUUCGAUGCUGUCACUGGGGAAUUCACUGGAAUGCCAGAGCAAUGGGCACGAUUACUGCAGACCUCAAACAUCACUAAACUCGAACAGAAGAAGAAUCCACAAGCUGUCCUAGACGUUUUAAAGUUUUAUGACUCCAAACACACUGACAAGCAGAAAUAUCUGAGCUUCUCUGCACCAGAUAAAGAUGGGCUCCCCUCUGGUCUGUCCCCUGCACCUAAUGCAAAAGGCUCUGAACCUUCAACAGCAGCAACAGAUGAUGACGAUUUUGAUGAUGAUAAGGCUCCUCCUCCUGCUAUUGCUCCAAGACCUGAACACACAAAAUCAAUGUAUACACGUUCUGUAAUUGACCCAAUACCUCCACCCCCUGGAGAUUCAGACAGUGCUGCAAAGACUGGAGACAGACAGAAAAAGAAAACCAAGAUGAGCGAUGAAGAGAUUAUGGAAAAACUUAGAACUAUAGUAAGCAUAGGAGAUCCCAAGAAAAAGUAUACUAGAUAUGAAAAAAUUGGACAAGGGGCCUCUGGAACUGUAUUUACUGCUAUUGAUGUAGCUACAGGACAAGAGGUUGCAAUCAAGCAGAUAAAUCUUCAGAAGCAGCCCAAGAAAGAACUGAUAAUCAAUGAGAUUCUGGUGAUGAAAGAAUUGAAGAACCCCAAUAUAGUAAAUUUCUUGGACAGUUUCUUAGUGAAUGAGGAACUGUAUGUUGUAAUGGAAUAUUUGGCUGGAGGGUCCCUAACAGACGUGGUCACAGAAACCUGCAUGGAUGAGGCACAGAUAGCAGCUGUCUGCAGAGAGUGUCUGCAAGCGUUGGAAUUCCUGCAUGCGAACCAGGUCAUUCACAGAGACAUAAAGAGUGAUAAUGUACUUCUUGGAAUGGAUGGUUCUGUCAAACUGACCGACUUUGGCUUCUGUGCACAAAUUACCCCAGAACAAAGCAAGAGAAGUACCAUGGUGGGAACACCAUACUGGAUGGCACCAGAGGUGGUUACACGAAAAGCAUAUGGCCCUAAGGUGGACAUCUGGUCACUUGGAAUUAUGGCUAUUGAAAUGGUGGAAGGGGAACCGCCUUACCUCAACGAAAAUCCUUUAAGAGCAUUGUAUUUGAUUGCUACUAAUGGCACUCCAGAACUUCAGAAACCUGAAAAACUUUCACCGAUAUUCCGGGAUUUCUUAAACCGCUCACUUGAGAUGGAUGUAGAAAAGAGAGGUUCUGCUAGAGAGCUCCUGCAGCACCCGUUCCUGAAAAUUGCAAAACCACUGUCCAGCCUAACACCGCUAAUCCUGGCUGCCAAAGAAGCAAUGAAGGGAAACCGCUAACAUCAACCCUUCUAUCCUUUUGCUUUAUGUCUCAGUCAUCUUACUUCAUAACCGCCUUUAUAUUCUACAAGUGCCACUGAUACGUGUUGAAGAAGAGCAAACAGCAUCUUGUACAGACAAAGCCAAGACCUAAUCAUGACUGUACAUCUGGAAAUAACCAUGAAGAACACACAACUUCUGUGCUUUUCCUUUUAUAAAGAACGUUUUUUUUGUGUCCCUACAAGAUCCCUGUUAUCCAGGGUUUGUUUUAUGGGAAUUCACAUUUGUAUUUUUUUAGGUCUUCUUUCUGUGCUCUAAGUGUUUCUGUUCCCUGGCCUUCUCUUGAUACUUGAAUAACUUACACAUCAAUAGAAGAGCUUUAGUCUUCUGGCUCUGUGCUGGCUCCUCCGAUUUCACUUUUUUUUUCCAUGUACCUGGAUCUGUUAGUUUAAUACAGGAAAGAAAUGUGCACAUCUGUUUGAAUUCCUUGUGUAGAAGCACAGGCAACUGCCUUGUGCCACCCUGUGAUAUAUCUGUCGACUUUUUUUUUUUUUUUUUUUUUUCUAUUGGGGCCAGCAACAUAUAAUAAAAUGCUGACCCUUUCAGUAAGGGUUGAAUCACUUUUUUUGGAAGCCUUUUGCUCCUGAUUUCAUUUCUUUUUGUAUUCUUUACUAGAGAAAGGGUUCAAAUAACGGUAGAGAAGCUGGCUGCAGUUUCAUGGGACAUUACUGGUGUUUUGGUUUUUUUCUUUUGUACUGAGGUAAAUUCUGUGCCUUUUUGUUAUGGACGGUUCAAUAAGUGCUCUUAACAGUAAAAACUGCACUAAUAUUUCUAAUACAAAACAUUUGGAUAUUUUUUUUUUUUUUUUUAACACCCAUGUCGUCAGAAGGGAAGUAGUGCCAAAGUUAGAGUGCUGUUUUUGUAGUUUUGUCCUGUUUCAUUAAUCAGUGAUUGCCAACUAAAGUGCUAAAUCAAAACGUUACUUUUUUUUCCCCUCUAUAAAGUAUUGUGAAGACUAAAGUGCCUUCAACAAGCUUAGAACUGUCUGGGCCUGGAUUGCCGCUGUUCUUGUGUGCUAUGCACCUGUUGUUGGUGCAACUUAAGGAAGAGUCCUGCACUGAACCAAUUUUUGAGACUGCAACCCGCAUAUUUAGCCACUUGGAUCUGCUACCGACCCCGGUUCACAGCUGUUUUGUGCACAACCUGAUCCUCAACCCGCCGACCACCAUUAAACAGGAAGUGCUGUUGCCACAAACUGGAAGUGACAUCAUCAAAAGUGGACAGAGACAGACGCAUUUUGUAAAAUUUUAAAAGGAGUAAAAUAUUGACAAUAUAACGUAAGCUAAAAAAUAUAGAUUAGACCCGCAACACAACCCACAUCUAUAACCGCACCCAAAAACCUGCAAUUUUUGCGGGUAAUCUACAUGUACCCGCGGGUACCAGACCUGCUGCAGGACUCUAUGCUCUUAAAAGUUUAUGAAUCAAUGUAUACUGCUAAGAAUUCACAAAAAAACAGUACUAAAAAUGAAUACUCUGUUAUCUGGAGAUGAGUCUAUUAUUGCCAAGUCACCAUCCAGUCUAUUUGUUCUUAAUAGAUCUCACCAAAGUUUGCCUUCUAUACAAAAAGGGAAUAGUAGUGUCAUUUCUCAUACCAUCGCAUUCAUAAUGUAUUUAUGCUUUUUGCUGAAAUAAUUCCUGAGCCUUUGGUAUUA